AAUGAAAGUAAAACACACAUGCUGACAGAAAACACAGUUCUGUCUCCAACUUUACAUUUGCGCAUUGAGAGGAGACACAGCAUUAUCACAAGAUGUCGACACAACAAGAAGAGGAUGAAAAAAGAUUUGAUCCAGCCGACACUACACUGAAAUUUGUCACAAGGCCAGAUGAUAUAACUCUGGAUGAUGACCCAGACACCCUGAGGGCUGAGAUGUCCUGUGGCCAUGCAGUCAAUCCACAGUCUCUCACUGCCUGGUGCCGCAGUCUACUGGACAAGGGACAAUACGAAUUUACUUGUCCAGCACUGGUCGAUGGCACAAUCCAGAAGUGUGAGAAAGAGUGGCCUUACACAGAGAUUCGCAAGCUUGCUUUGCUAACAGACGAGGAGCAGAAGCUUUUUGAGGAAAAAUUGCCUCGGCUGGCUGCUGCUCGGUACUGUGAAUACAAAUCAUGUCCCGGCUGUCAGACAUUUGUGGAGCGAAGAGACCUGACCAACUUGUCUGUAAGCUGCACAAUUUGCACAGCGGAAAAAGGACACACCUUUGAGUUCUGCUGGCAGUGCUUAAUAACAUGGAAAGGACCUGCUCCUCGCUCUGACAAAUGUGAAAAUGAGGAAUGCAUCAACCCAAACUUGAAGACGCUGGCCUCGUGUAUUACCAUAACUUUAUCUCAAGUGUCAACACCAGAAGGAAGUGCAGUGCAGUGUCCAUCUUUACGUGCCUGUCCCACGUGUGGUUUAAUUAUAGAGCAUGAUACAGCUGACUGCAAAAUGAUCACAUGCACUCAAUGUCAGAAGGAGUUUUGUUUUCUCUGCUUGAAACUCAGGGAUGAAUGUUUGAUGUCCAGUGGUCACUUUAGUCUUUGUACUGUAGCUGAGAAGCAGACUUCCAUCCCAUCAUGGGUGAAGUAAUCUGCGGGUUUACAGUUCAAAUAAACA